ACCAUCACCCGCCACUAAGCCAUCUUUAUUCUCUCCCCAGUGACCAACCCCAGAGAAGCAGCCAAAGAAGAGAAGAAAGAUAUGGGGAAGAAGGGCAUUCACAAAUCUUUCCAACUCUAUUUCUCUAAGCUGAAGAAAGUCCCCACUCUCCACCUCCCAAGCCCCCCAAACCCCUCCAACGUCGCCACCAGCUGGCUCCUCUCCGCCUGCAAGCACCCCAGGACCCCGUCCUUCGCCGUCGAUCGCGACCAACCUGAAGACGGCAGCGGCGGUGGCGCCCAUGACCCCGCCGCCACCCUCUCCGACGUCGAUCGCUUCCUCUACGAGAAUUUUCACUCCCUGUACUACCGCGACGAAGACGACAAGCGUGAGUUCUCCUCCGAAUCCCCAAGCUACGACACCGAUCCGCCCGCGGGCAUGAUCCGGUCGUCGGAGCGGUUCUUUGUUUCCCCCGGUACGUCCAACUCCCUCCUCGACGAGGCCCGGCCGAGCGCGGCCACGUCAUCGUCGUCAUCAUCCUCCCGGCAGGACGACGCCGGUCCGGCUGUCCCCGGCGACGGGGUGGCGGUGACGACCUUUUCCAAGGACCCCUACGACGAUUUCCGGCGGUCCAUGCAGGACAUGGUGGACGCCCGCCACGUGGACCCCCACCAGGCGUUGGACUGGGACUUCAUGGAGGAGCUCCUGUUCUGCUACCUGGAGCUCAACGACCGGAGCGUGCACAAGUACAUCCUGAGGGCCUUCACAGAUCUGACGGUCAGCUACCGGCGUAGGGUUCCGUCGAGCAGGGGGAGGAGGCAGGGGAAAGCCAAAGAAGGGGAGGAGAUGGUGCUGCCACGUCAUUUUCCGGUGGCCGGCUGACGUGGACCAUGUUGGUGGGUCCGAUUGGGAGGUCUUGAACGGCACCGCUGGAAGAGGUAACGCCGUAUUUUCCGGUUGUAGAUAUAUAAUAUCAUCUAUAUACCAAGAGCCAUUAGGGACAUGGGAACGCAAGUUACGUGAUGAGCACAUGCAAAUAAUAUUAUAGCCAUAAUUUAAUGGGGGAAUUAACGGGAGUCAGAUGGUUUUCCUGAGGAAUCAAGCCGUCAGAAACCGUAGAUUGUCGUUGAAUUUUCUG